CAAUCAAUGGCGUCAGCGGGAAAAAUGGAUCCAGAUCGCGGGAAAGAUCGCGCCACCUGAAUCAAAACAAACCAUUAUUUGGUCCGAGUGCGUCGACUGCUAGCAUCUGCCGUCUUCAAGUUUAUAGAAAGUAAUUCAGUUUCAUCUUCAGUUUCCUGACAAAACUAAAAAAUGGCUGAUAUAGUCCUUAUGGAAACCGGCAAAGAGAAUCUCGCAGAAACAAACAACAAAAGAACUUGCGACAGUCCACCUAGCGUCAAGAAAGUCCACUUGGAACCGCCCCAUGAUGAGGAACAAUACUUACAACUCUGUCGUCGCAUCAUGGAGGAAGGACAGUUCAAGGGGGAUCGCACUGGGACGGGAACGAGAUCCAUCUUCGGCGUCCAGAGCCGAUAUAAUCUCAGAGGGCAAUUUCCUCUGCUGACAACAAAGAGAGUGUUCUGGCGAGGUCUUGCUGAGGAGCUUCUUUGGUUUGUCAGGGGGUGCACCAGCGGGAAAGAUCUGGCUGAUAAGAAUGUUCAUAUCUGGGAUGCUAAUGGCUCCAGAGCUUUUCUGGACCAGCGAGGUCUCCAGGACUAUGAAGAAGGAGAUCUGGGACCAGUUUACGGUUUCCAGUGGCGUCACUUUGGGGCAAAGUACACCAACAUGCACGCUGACUACACGGGACAGGGCGUGGAUCAACUGGCUUACGUAAUAAACCAGAUUAAGACUAAUCCCAACGACAGAAGGAUUAUCAUGAGUGCUUGGAAUCCAUGUGAUCUUGACAAGAUGGCACUGCCUCCUUGCCACGCCUUUGUUCAGUUUUAUGUAUGCAACGGUGAACUUUCCUGCCAACUCUACCAGCGAUCCGGCGACAUGGGUCUGGGAGUACCAUUCAAUAUUGCAAGCUACUCUUUACUGACUUACAUGAUUGCUCAUGUGACUGACUUGACACCGGGAGAGUUCGUUCACACCAUCGGGGACGCUCAUGUCUACGUUAAUCAUCUGGAUGCGCUAGAAGAACAGCUCAAGCGAACUCCCCGCCCGUUCCCGACCCUCAAGAUCAAAGGAAAAGUUACGAACAUCGACGACUUCACCAUGGACAAUUUUGAAAUCUGCGAUUAUAAACCACACCCUAAGAUCGCCAUGGAAAUGGCUGUUUAGUAAACCCCGGUCAAUAAAGUAUAGACCGGGCAAGUCCUGCGCGAUUCAAACCUUUUUUUCGAGGAACUUUUGGUUCCCAUCCAUGUACAUAAAACUUUAAAAUGUUAAGAAACCACAUCAGAAUGCUUUAUACGGGAACGAUGGAUGUAUUGUACUGAAUUAUUAUUUACCUGUUAAAGGAACACGUUGCCUUGGAACGGACGAGUUGGUCAAAACAAAAGCGUCUGUAACCGUUUUU